AUGCAGCUAACAUCAAGAAACCUCCAAGCGAUCAACGUGUUCAUCUCUUCUUGCUCCUUAGUCUUCUUGGCAUUAGGAAUAUUGGUAGAUGACUGGGUUAUACUAAGUAUUGAAACCGAAGAAAACGUGAAAAUCCACAGCCCGUGGAAAUAUAGUACUAUUUGGCCAAAAGGUGACAUGGAAGUGGUCAGAAUCAUGCUGCUUGUGGUCCUCAGCUUGUCCUACUUCUACAACUGCUACCUGGGAAUGGAAUACACCUACAUGUUCCCUCAAACGGCGUGCGUCACCUUCACGGCUGCCCUCCUCACUUGCUUCACAGGGAUCCUUCUGAUCUCUGCCCUCCUCCUGUAUCACAUAAGGCUCAGGCAAGGCAAAUCCGUGUACUACUCCAACUACCAUUUAACCUGGAACAUUUCCACGGCCUACAUAAGUAUUUUCUUACAUUUUGCCUCCGGAUUCUUCUCUCUCCUGGAGUACCAGCGCGCCAUAGACAGCAGUCUCCCCUCCGAAACCGCCAGCCAAGGGAGUGAUUUCAGAAUGCAGUCUGGGAGUUCUAUCCAAGUUAUUUCCUUACCAGAGACCUCCCCGCCUCCACCUAGCAUUGUCCGUGUCCGCUCUCAGGAAUCCAAGGAUAGUGAUAUUCCCAAACCCACCCAAAUUCAAAAACGCCGGGUGACCUGGGCUCUAUGA